AUUUGCAGCAGUUACCUGAGAGCAUCAAGAUUAAAGGACGCUGCUGGCGGCGUCUACUUUAAUCUACCCGAAAGAAAACAACAUGGUGGAACAAACAAGACAGCCGAGUCGUGUCGUAUCCCUCCAGGCUGGACCUGGUGAGGUGGACAUUGGCACCCUGUUUGACAUGAACCUCAGUUCCUCCUUCAGGAUCAAUGACAGGGCUGCACGGGCCUUCGGGCGCCAGUUGGCUGUAAUUGGAGAUCAGCUGGACCAGGAAUGGGCCAACAGACAGCCAAACUGGCUACCAACUCCUCUCCACAUGCUGAGACCCGCUCAGGCACUGACCCGGACCAUCUAUCGGGAUUUCCACAGCCAGUUAUGGGGCCUCCAGGGCCUGUCCGCGGCAGUGAAGGCCUGGAUAGCGAGCACUGCACCUGGGCAGGGGAUCCUCAGAGCGGACACCUGGGCGACCUGGGUGUCCAACUUUAAACCAGUAACCUGCGCUGGCUGGACCAGAGGAGCACUGGUGACUGUGGCACUGGUGGCUGCGGUGACCAUUUUCGGUGCACUAUGGAUGGAAUGGAAAGCCUAAAAUGGGCCAUAAGCAGGUCUUUUUCGGCCAUUAUAUGUUUGACAAAAAAAAAAAAAAAAA